AUGGGCGCGCUGCUGCUCUGGCUGCUGCUGUCCUGGGUAGGGCUCGGGGGGCUGGGCGAGCUCGGGUGGGACGUGAGGACCCAGGGGGGUUCAUCUUCUCAAGUCCCCAGAAGGUCGCUAGAUGAGGACCUGGUGCUCCCGACCGCAAGUCCUGAGAAGUGGAAAAUGCUCUCGACACCCUGUGGCCACCGGAACAUCCACGAGCGCGUGGUGGGAGGCCAGAACACAAAACGCGGGUUCUGGCCGUGGCAGGGGAGCCUGCGAUUGCACAAAAGACACUUCUGCGGAGCCAGCCUGCUCAGCCGAUCCUGGGCUCUCACCGCGGCGCACUGCUUCAGAAAGUCCAAGAAUCCAUCAGACUGGAGUGUUCAGUUUGGUGAGCUGUCUUCCUACCCCUCUAUACUGAACCUGCGGGCCUACUUCAACCGUUACCAGGUGGAGAAGAUCGUGAUGAACUCCGAUUUUAAAGGACACUCUCCCUAUGACAUCGCCCUGUUGAAGCUGUCUUCCUCCGUCACCUACACGACGUACAUCCAGCCCAUCUGUGUGGUGGACUCCACCAAGGAGUUCAUUGACCGGACCGACUGCUGGGUGACCGGCUGGGGAAGGACCAAGGAGCAUAAACAUCUGGAGCCCCCCUACAACCUCCAGGAAGCCCAGAUCUCCAUCAUAAACAACACCAUGUGUAACUUUCUGUUCUACCAGCCCAACUUCCGCUCCAUCAUCUGGGGAGAUAUGAUUUGUGCAGGCAUUAGGGAUGGAAGCAAAGACGCCUGCUUUGGUGAUUCCGGUGGACCCUUGGUCUGCGAAGAGGACAGUGUGUGGUAUCAGAUUGGAGUCGUGAGCUGGGGCUUGGGCUGUGGUCGUCCGAACCGACCCGGUGUCUACACGAACGUCAGUGAGCACUUCCACUGGAUGCGUAGCCUGGUGGACCAAAGCCCCCCCAAGACAGAUCCCUUCUUGCUGCUGAUGCCAGCUCUGCUCUGGGUGCCCCCGCUCCUGAGGCCAGCCUGA